AACAAAAUGCCUCGCGCUCUCGCGUAUUUCAGGACAUUUCUUCUUCGGUAAACCCCUCCAAAACCUCUGUGCACUCGUUUUUCCUCUCUCUCUCUGACUACCACCUCAACUGGAGAGCAACCGCAGCUCUCCAAAGUACAAAUGGCCCUCUUAUCCAUCUUUGCCCUCUCUUUCUUCUAAAAAUCUUGUCGUCAACUCUUAUUACUCUGCCUUUCUUCUUUUCCUUCAACCAUGGCUUCUCCUCUUCCAAUGUCUGACAUUUCCACACCCCUCAUUCCCAAACUCAGCUCAUUCCCCAGAAUUUGGGGUCUUUUCAUUGUCACGCACCCUUUGCAGUUCAAAAACAACAAAGGACGAGUAGUUUUGGCCCCCAAUGCCGUCUACACUCAAAACCUUUCGGUUCCUUCUCAUUCCAAAUUGUCGAACAGGACAGAGAGAAUUGAGCUCGAGAAUGACCCCAUUUUGGUUCUCAACGAGAGGAUUCGCCGUGAUUUCGCCAAGCGAGAGGUUUCCAGGACGGUAGUGGAUUCGGAGGAGGCUGACAAGUACAUACAAUUGGUGAAGGAGCAGCAGCAGAGAGGAUUGCAGAAGUUGAAAGGGGACAGGGAGAAUAAGGAAGGUGGAUUUAGCUACCAGGUAGAUCCUUAUACGCUUCUUUCUGGGGACUACGUUGUGCACAAGAAGGUUGGUAUUGGGCGCUUUGUUGGGAUUAAGUUCUCGGUUCCAAAGAAUUCUACAGAGCCAAUUGAGUAUGUUUUUAUAGAGUAUGCAGAUGGUAUGGCAAAGCUUCCUGUUAGGAAGGCGGCUCGUAUGCUCUAUAGAUAUAGUCUUCCAAAUGAAAACAAAAGACCUCGGACAUUGAGCAAGUUGAAUGAUACUAGCGCCUGGGAGAGAAGAAAGAUUAAAGGAAAGGUUGCCAUACAGAAGAUGGUUGUUGACUUGAUGGAACUCUAUCUACAUAGGCUAAAACAAAUAAGGCCCCCAUAUCCAAAAUGUCCUACCAUGGCUAAAUUUGCAGCUCAAUUUGCUUUUGAACCCACGCCUGAUCAAAAACAGGCUUUCAUUGAUGUUGAAAGGGAUUUGACAGAACGUGAAACUCCAAUGGACCGGUUAAUUUGUGGAGACGUUGGUUUUGGCAAAACUGAAGUUGCAUUACGUGCUAUAUUCUGUGUAGUCUCAUCUGGGAAGCAAGCCAUGGUUUUGGCGCCGACAAUAGUUCUUGCCAAACAGCAUUUUGAUGUUAUUUCAGAGCGUUUUUCUUCUUAUCCUGAUAUUAACAUCGGACUUCUGAGCAGGUUUCAGACGAGAGCAGAAAAAGAGGAGCACCUCGAAAUGAUUAAAAAUGGUGGCCUGGACAUUAUUGUUGGGACUCACUCUCUUCUAGGAAAUCGUGUUGUGUAUAACAAUCUUGGCCUGCUUGUGGUUGAUGAGGAACAGAGGUUUGGUGUUAAACAAAAGGAGAAGAUUGCUUCUUUCAAAACUUCUGUAGAUGUUCUUACUCUUUCUGCAACUCCAAUACCACGAACUCUUUAUUUGGCAUUGACAGGUUUCCGUGAUGCUAGUUUAAUUUCAACUCCACCUCCAGAAAGAGUUCCUAUCAAAACUCACCUUUCUUCAUUCAGUAAGGACAAAGUGAUCUCAGCUAUUAAGUAUGAGAUGGACCGUGGUGGUCAAGUUUUUUAUGUUCUUCCCCGUAUUAAAGGACUUGAAGAAGUGAUGGAAUUUCUUGAAGAGUCAUUCCCAAAUGUGGAAAUAGCCAUUGCCCAUGGGAAGCAAUACUCAAAGCAACUGGAGGAUACCAUGGAAAAAUUUGCACAAGGUGACAUAAAGAUUCUUAUCUGCACCAAUAUAGUAGAAAGUGGGCUUGACAUUCAAAAUGCAAACACCAUCAUCAUUCAGGAUGUUCAACAAUUUGGCCUUGCACAGCUGUACCAGUUGCGUGGAAGAGUUGGGCGGGCAGACAAGGAAGCUUAUGCACAUUUAUUUUAUCCUGAUAAAUCCCUUCUCUCUGAUCAAGCACUGGAGAGACUCGCGGCUCUUGAAGAAUGUCGUGAACUUGGUCAAGGCUUCCAACUAGCUGAGCGAGACAUGGGUAUAAGAGGUUUUGGUACUAUAUUUGGUGAACAACAAACAGGAGAUGUUGGUAAUGUUGGCAUUGAUCUUUUCUUUGAGAUGCUGUUUGAGAGCUUGUCCAAGGUGGAUGAUCAUCGUGUAGUUUCAGUUCCUUAUCAGUCAGUUCAGGUUGAUAUAAACAUCAAUCCUCAUCUCCCUUCUGACUACAUAAAUUAUCUGGAGAACCCCAUGGAAAUAUUAGAUGCAGCUGAGAGAGCAGCUGGGAAAGACAUCUGGUGUCUGAUGCAAUUUACCGAAAACCUGCGCCGCCAAUAUGGCAAAGAGCCUUACUCCAUGGAGAUUUUAUUGAAGAAGCUUUAUGUGAAAAGAAUGGCGGCUGAUAUAGGAGUAACCAGAAUUUAUUCCACUGGAAAGACGGUCUUUAUGAAAACAAACAUAAGCAAAAAGGUUUUCAAGCUGAUGACACAGUCGAUGGCAUCAGAUUUGCAUAGAAAUUCCUUGAUUCUCGAGGGAGAUCGAAUUAAGGCUGAACUUCUCUUAGAGCUUCCAAAAGAACAACUCCUUAACUGGACCUUUCAAUGCCUGGCUGAACUAUAUGCUUCACUGCCCGCCCUCAUAAAAUACUAGAUUGUUUUGUGUAAAGUACUCCAAACAAUUCUCCCAUCAAAAUAUGUAAAUUUGGAAUUGAACUAUUCGAUUGAAAUCCAGGAAUCUGACUCUAGCCAAUGCAAACCAAGACAGCCUGCAUGCCGGACUAGGCAGAACAGGACAAGAGAGCAAAUUGAGACUUCCAGUUGAUCAUGCAGAUGACUGUGUGUACAUGGAGACCAGUCUUACAGACACCUCUCAGAUGACUGUGCUUUUGAUUUGCAAGCCUCACGCAGCAGCCUAGCUUCCAAUAUGAAUGAGAAGGCAACAGUGACCUGUUUCAGUGUUUACUCCUUCAAUGCCUCAAAAUGUCACUCCAAAACAUUCGAGAUUCAUUUUCUGUGUCGAGAAAGGUGAGGACAGUCUCUACCUCAUCUCUCUUAUGGCUGAUACGUCCAAGCUUUCGAUCAAGUCGCCUGCUUUGGAGAAUUCUGUGUAAUUUGUAAAGUAACGCGUGAUAUUUUUGGUCGGGAAGGAGAUCAAUUCACUUGUUUAUAGGAAAACAACGCUAAUAUAUUUGAAGAUAAAUUAUUCAUUUAGUUGCUAUAAUUUACAUUGAUUUUUAAAUA